UAAAAACAAAGAUGGCGGCCCCCACGAGAGAAAAAGUGCAAGAAUUGAUAGCAGAGAAAGACUCAAUUGAAAGGGAAAUCAAGGAGUUGUAUGAUGUUUUAGAAUCGCAAGGUAAUGUUGGAAUGGACGGCCCAUUGAUUGAUUCAGAAGGAUAUCCACGUAAUGACAUUGAUGUCUACAGUGCCAGGACAGCAAGACACAGAAUCAUAUGUCUGCAGAACGAUCACAAAGCACUGAUGGUAAAUAUUGAGAACAGUCUUCAUGAUCUUCAUUCCUACGAGAGACAGCAAAGAGAACAAGGAGAGUCUUUACCAACAAAUGGAGCAAGUACAGCGGCCAUUGCUCUCAUCCCAUUUGCCUCUAUUGAUCUGGUCUCUGAAGGCUCACCUGCUGCUAAUGCUGGAUUGCUGGUUGGUGAUGAGAUAAUUGAGUUUGGCUCUAUCUGUACGUCCAAUUUCAAGUCAUUGCAGGACAUAGCAACAGUUGUGCGUCACAGCCAGGGGCGUUCAGUAAGAGUUGUUACCCUGCGUGAGGGUAAGGAGGUUCCCCUGUCAUUAAAACCUCAGACAUGGAGUGGGCGUGGCCUUUUAGGGUGCAAUAUAGUUCCCUUGCAGAAAUGAAAUCUCUAUGCAGUAUUUGGUGUAUUGAGCCUCAUCAUGUUCUCUUCAACUAGUGGUGAUGAUCUACACCAAUCACUACAGUCAUUUUGGAUACAUGUACAAACAUUUGAAGAGUAGAUAGAUGAUGGACACAAAAGAAGAGUAGUGUGUGUCUUCUGCUAAUGGAACUAUGGAUAGCCUGGACACCUGAGGAAACAUGUGAACUAGAGCUCUUGAUAUGAGUCAGAAACACCAUUGUAAACCUCUACACUUCCAUAAUAAGAUUCUUAGUUGUUUGACCUGCAGCACCUAAUUUUAUUUUAUUUUAUGCAAGUCGCCAGAAACACAAGGCCUGAAGGCCACUUCAAGGUGUGGGCUACG